CUCUUUCAAUUCAUUCCCACCAGCACAUCACUAGUCUCCUGACCAAAUCAUAAUGCCAGCUGUCAACAAGGGCAAAGUUCUCGUCUCUGGUUGCAAUGGCUUCAUUGCCGUCUGGGUCGUCAAGCACUUACUCGAGGAAGGCUUCUCCGUCCGCGGCACUGUACGCAGAGAGUCUUCCAUCCCUCACCUAAAGGACCUCUUCUCGAGCUAUGGCGAUAAGUUCGAGGUUGUCAUUGUUCCUGACAUUACGAAGGAGGGUGCCUUCGACGAGGCCGUCAAGGGCGUUGACGCCAUCGAGCACACCGCGUCGCCCUUCCACAUGCACGCCGACGAUCCUCAGGAGAUCAUCGGCCCCGCCGUGGCGGGCACCGUUGGCAUGCUGCGGUCGGCACUGGAGCACGCUAACGGCACCGUAAAGCGCGUCGUCGUCACUUCCUCUUGCUCCGCCGUCCUUACCGUCGACCCCAACCACGAGCGGUGGUACAACGAGAAGAACUGGAACGAGCAGUCCAUCUGCGAGGUCGAGGCUAAGGGGCGCAACGCCAGCAACGUCGACAAGUAUCAUGCUUCCAAAUCCCUAGCGGAACGCGCGGCGUGGAAGUUCGUGGAGGAGAACAGGGGCGCGGUCAAUUUCGAUCUCGUCACCAUGAACCCGCCCUAUGUCUACGGCCCGUUCUUACAGGAGGUCAAGCGUCCGGAAGACCUCAACACCUCUAUCCUCGAGUUCUACGGCUCAGUCGUGAAGGGCACUAAGACGAAGGAGCAGCUCACUAACUUCAGCACUGGUUGGGUUGAUGUCCGAAACGUCAGUGAAGCACAUGUCCUUGCCCUUCAGAAGCCCGAGGCUGGAGGCGAGCGCAUCAUUGUGUCCUGCUCUGAGUGGGUCUGGCAAGACUUUGUUUCCGCCGCACACAAGUUUGAUCCAUCCUUACCUGCGGGCGACACAUCCUACGACCCGCGUAAGGCGCCCUACACGACGCACUUCGACAAUGCUAAGAGCAAACGCAUUCUCGGCAUCGAGUAUCACUCGAUCGAAGAGUGCACCCGUGACUUGCUUGGGCAGUUCAAACGGCUGGGUUGGUACUAGAGCUAACAGUGACUGUCAAUAUAAGAUUGGUAUAUGAAUGUGCUACUAUAAUUCAUAGUCCUUAGUUGC